AUGGAGUCCGUCGGCGUCGCCCCUGCCCCCGUGGCGGUGGCGGUGGCGGAGCAGAAGAUGAAGCUUCUCGAGCCGCGGAAGGAGCCCCUCGCCUCCUCCGCCGCCGCGGCCGCCGCCAAGGCGCCGUGCAAGUGGGCGAUGAAGAAGAAGCUCGUGGGCGGCGACGCCGGCUACGUGCUCGAGGACGUGCCCCACCUCACCGACUACAUGCCCGAGCUCCCGACGUACCCGAAUCCUCUCCAGGACAACCCUGCCUACUCGGUCGUCAAGCAGUACUUCGUCAACACGGACGACACCGUCACGCAAAAGAUUGUUGUUCGUAAGAACAGUGCAAGAGGCACCCACUUCCGGCGCGCCGGGCCGCGGCAGAGGGUCUACUUCCAGCCCGAUGAGGUGAACGCGGCCAUCGUCACCUGCGGCGGCCUCUGCCCCGGGCUCAACACGGUCAUCCGCGAGCUCGUGUGCGGGUUGUAUGACAUGUACGGUGUCACCAGCGUCGUUGGCAUAGAAGGUGGGUACAAGGGCUUCUAUUCUCGAAACACCGUUACAUUGACACCCAAAUCAGUGAAUGACAUCCACAAGAGAGGGGGGACCAUUAACCAGGUCUACAUCAUUGGAGGUGAUGGUACUCAGCAAGGCGCUUCCGUAAUUUAUGAGGAAGUCCGUAGACGGGGCCUCAAAUGUGCAGUGGUCGGUGUCCCAAAGACCAUCGAUAAUGAUAUUGCGGUGAUUGAUAAAUCUUUUGGAUUUGACACUGCUGUGGAGGAGGCUCAGAGAGCUAUCAACGCUGCUCAUGUUGAAGCUGAAAGUGCAGAGAAUGGCAUUGGUGUUGUGAAGCUAAUGGGCCGCAACAGUGGGUUCAUCGCAAUGUAUGCUACUCUAGCUAGUCGUGACGUGGAUUGUUGCUUAAUCCCAGAGUCUCCAUUCUACCUUGAAGGGAAAGGAGGCCUCCUUGAGUUCGUCGAGAAACGGCUCAAGGACAGUGGUCAUAUGGUCAUUGUGGUGGCCGAGGGUGCUGGCCAAGAUCUCAUCGCCCAAAGCAUGAACUUUGUGGACACUCAGGAUGCUUCUGGAAAUAAGCUGCUUCUGGAUGUUGGCCUUUGGCUAUCCCAGAAGAUCAAGGAUCAUUUCAAGAAGAAGACUAACUUCCCCAUAACUCUCAAGUACAUUGACCCGACAUACAUGAUCCGCGCGGUCCGGUCAAACGCCUCCGACAACGUCUACUGCACCCUGCUUGCGCACAGCGCCCUCCAUGGCGCCAUGGCAGGAUACAGUGGCUUCACCGUCGCGCCCGUGAACGGCAGACACGCUUACAUCCCUUUCUAUAGAAUCACCGAGAAGCAGAACAAGGUCGUGAUCACUGACAGGAUGUGGGCGAGGGUGCUGUGCUCGACGAACCAGCCCUGCUUCCUGAGCCACGAGGAUGUCGAGAACAUGAAGCACGACGACGAUGAGCGCCACCACCUGCACAACACGCAGCUCCUCGACGGCUCACCGGCGAAGUGCUCACCCAACUGCAAUGGAUCCGCUGGAGCAGAGUGA